AUGUGAUGACUACUGUUCUUUUGUCUUUUCCUUUUUCGUUCCCUUCUCUAUCGCUGGUUCUUAUGCUGAGUCCGUAUAAAUUUAACAAGUGCAAAUUAAAGGCAUCGGCGCUGGAGAAGUAGAGAGGAAGCGGCUAGAGUAACGCAGGUGCAGAUUCAAUUGUACUGAGUCAGUGUAAGUUUUUGAUGAAGGAAGCAGCAGGGAGGAGGCGGCAGAGCGCGGCAGCGUCGCCGUGCGCGGCGUGCAAGCUCCUCCGGCGGCGGUGCGUGCAGGGCUGCGUGUUCGCGCCCCACUUCCCGGCGGAGGAGCCGCGCAAAUUCGCCUGCGUGCACAAGGUGUUCGGCGCCAGCAACGUCAGCAAGCUCUUGCAGGAGAUGGCGGAGCAGCACCGAGGAGACGCCGUGAGGAGCUUGGUGUUCGAGGCGGACGCCCGGGUGCGCGACCCCGUCUACGGCUGCGUCGCACUCAUCUCCUCCCUCCACCGCCAAAUCCAAUCCCUCCAGGCUCAGCUCGCCCUCUCCCAAGCCCACAUCCUACACCUACGCAUGCGUCGCACCGCCGCCGCUCACCUCGCCUCAGGCGACCACAUCACUUCCGCCUCCGCCUCCUCUCUGUCAUUGGAAGUCGAUCAGACGGCUAGAUUUUACUAGCUUCGCUUCUAUAUCAAUUAACAUCUAGCUACUGAACUUCAUGAUGAUCUAUGUAGAUAUGCUUGAACUGGAAUGUAACGCAGAGCAUCAAAAUUUAUGUA